CCUGUAGCGGCAAAUAUAUGGAGUCUCUCUCUGAAGUCCCAAAUGCCCUGUUUCAGAUGAAAGGACAACGCAUCAGAGCAAACAGCCUUCGAUCUCAGGCAAACCCAAAUGCCCAACCCAUCACCAUCUCCAAGUCUCCAACGAGCCCACCGGAGAUGGACGCCGGAUUAUGGAGCAAGCUACCACAGGAACUCCUCGAGCGUAUUCUCUCUUUUCUACCUCUCAAAAACUUCAUGAGUCUGAGAUCGACUUGUAAGCACUUCAAGUCUCUGUUAUUCUCUCCCACUUUCAUCUCCAAGCACUCCUCUUCUUCAUCCUUCUCUUCUUUCCUCUUGCUUUCUCACCCUCAGUGUCACAACCACUUCGCUUUCUAUGACUCUGCUCUUGGUGCUUGGCGCAACUUUGCUCUGUCUCUCUCUGCCUUGCUGCCCUGCGCUGCAGGGCAAGCCUCUCUGCUCUCGACCUCCAAUGGGUUGCUCUGUUUCUCUCUCUCCAAUUCCUUUCUUGUCUUCAAUCUUUUGACCAAAUCUUCAAGAGUGAUCGAAUUCCCUGCUUACCCUUUUACUUUUGAGCUGUUUUCUUUGGUUUCCACGCCUGUUGGGUACAGUCUUUUCAUGGUCUCUUUUGGGUCUUGUACCAAAAGCACUUUUGUUUAUGAUUCAAAGGUUCAAUUUUGGCGAAAAUUCAAUGGUUUCGAUCCAAUUCUCAGUGACAAUUAUCAUCAACAAGGUGUUUACUAUGAAGGGUCUUUGUAUUUUGUGACCCCGGAGCCAUUCUCUGUAGCGUGCUUUGAUUUGGAAAGCGGUAAGUGGGAGAGACCCAACACUGAGUUGCCUAGAGAGCUCAUGUUUGUUCGGCUAGUCAGCGAUGGAGGAGAUGGAAAGCUGUAUUUGAUUGGUGGAGUUGGCAGGAAUGGGAUUUCAAGGAGCAUGAAACUCUGGGAAUUGGGUGAAGGAAUGAAUUGGGUUGAGGUGGAGAGCUUGCCAGAAAUGAUGUGCAGAAAAUUGAUGUCUGUUUGUUUCCAUAACUACGAGCAUCUCUAUUGCUUUUGGCAUCGGGGUUUCAUCUGUGUUUGCUGCUACACAUGGCCGGAGGUUCUGUAUUUCAAGGUUUCAAGGAGGACUUGGCAUUGGCUGCCCAAAUGCCCUUCACUGCCUGAUAAAUGGAGCUGUGGCUUCAGGUGGUUUUCUUUUGUGCCAGAGUUAUAUGCUUCGGUCUGAUUCAGUUCGUCUGGGCUGAGGUCUCAAUUUCUGCGUGUGACUUAUAUUAUUUUAUAGUCUUCCUGAAUUGAUAAAUUAAUACCCAUGUUGUUUUCUUUAUUAUCCUGUUGUAUUGUGUUUCUGUACAUAUAUAUAUGGAGAUCUGUUCAGAGGUUAGAAUUUUGUUUUUUGGGUUCA